AUGAAUCAAGUGUGGGAUGAGAUUCUCCCACGCGAGUCUGCGCCUACAUACAAUGUAGACCCAUACGCACUGGGCCCGACAGCACUUGUUCAGAAGGCCCUCGCCCAUGGAGUCCAUGCUUUUGACACGUCGCCAUACUACGGGCCCGCCGAAGAGAUACUUGGGACAGCCCUUGACACCGACCUUGUUCGCAGACGUUAUCCCCGGGAGCACUAUUUCAUCCUGACAAAGGUCGGCCGGAUAUCCGGUGACGUCUUCGACUACUCUCCCGCAUGGAUCCGGCAGAGCGUGCAACGGAGUUGCAAGCGGCUCAGGACCAAUUACCUGGACGUGGUCUACUGCCACGAUUGCGAGUUCGUCUCCCCCGAGGAAGUCUUGGGCGCUAUCCGCGAGCUACGGCGCAUACGAGACGAAGCAGGAACUCUCAAAUAUGUGGGGAUCUCGGGUUACCCCGUGCCCGUGCUCUGCGAGCUGGCCGAGAUGAUCUUGCGAGAGACAGGAGAACCGCUUGAUAUCGUCCAGUCGUAUGCGAACUUCACCCUCCAGAACACCCGACUCCUCUCUGAGGGUUUGCAGCGACUCGUUACCGCAGGUGUCGACGUCGUCACAAAUGCUAGUCCUUUGGGCAUGGGUCUACUAAGGUCCACCGGCCCUCCUCUGGGUGCAAUGGGCAACUGGCAUCCUGCACCAGACGGCCUGCGAGAAGUGUGCAGCAAUGCUGCAAAGUGGGCCGAGGCGAAGGGCGAAAAGCUCGAGGUUGUCGCCGUGAGAUUCGCUCUGGAAAAUUGGCUCCGUGAAGGUGCCAAAGUGGGAACUCUGGGCAGUCCCCUGAAUGAGGCUGAUACAUAUGGCCACGCCCUCAACCUCCCGCGAGAAAAGCUCGGCGUCAGUGUAAUGGGUGUGAGCAAAAUCGAAGAGCUCGACGAGACCUUGCGAGUUUGGCGAAGCGUUCUCGACGGACUGGCCGAUGACCUUGAUGUCGAGCCAGGCACAAUUACUCCCUCUGAGGCGGUCAGCGACCAUGAAUGGUCCCUCGCACGUCGGCAAACCAUUCGCGAACUUGCCACAGGCAUACGGGAGAUCAUUGGUGAUCAAUGGGUCGAUUAUGCCUGGGCUUCACCUGACCCCGGCUUUGUCAACCAGAAAAAGUCGAAUUCUGUCGUGGGGGAUGCGGGAGUCAAGCCUGCGCCCGAUACAGCAAUGCUCACGCCACCGUCCGAGGCAGAUGAUGAUGGAGUCGCGGCAGAUGUCCCUCCUUUGUGA